AUGCGCGUCGCCAAAGAAUUCACCCCCGAGGUGCUCCUGAGCGCGCCCCGCCGUGGCGCCGCCGUGCCAAGCCCGGAUGGCAAACUUAUACUCUACACUCAGUCAACUCACAGCUUCGAGGACGGCAAGACGACAAAUGAGGUCCGGCUCAUGGACAUCGAAACCGGCGCGUCUGACCAGCUUACUGACGACGACAAGGUCCACGACGCCCUGUGGGUGCCGGGAACUGCAAGCGAUAUCAUCUACUUGAAAUCGGGCGUCAAGGGGACCACCCAGAUCUGGAUUGCCAAUGGCGCCGAACCAGCCAAGGAGCACUACGUCGCUGCCGAGUACGACGCGCCCAUCAGCGCGCUCAAGGUCAAUGCACUCGGUGAUGGGAGCGUUGGUUUCGUCGUUGCUGGACUAGUCGGACCUGACGGGUCUCUACACAAUGACAAGGCAGAGGAAACGAGGUCUACGGGGCGAGUCUUUGAUGAUUACCACAUGAGGCGUUGGAACGAGCUGACCAAACCUCACAAAUACGCUCUUUGGUACUCGACUCUCGUCAAUGCGCAUGGGAAAUGGGGCGUCGCAGGCGAGCUCCAAAAUGCCAUCAAAGACACCCGUCUUGAGGCUCCAUUAGGGAUGUACGACGUCGCUGACCCGACCGACGCCUUCGAUGUUAACGAGAAGGGCAUCGCGUUCAUCGCUGAGGACACUGGGCUGAGGCCAGAGGAGGCGGGCGUCUCGCACGUCUACUACGUUCCUCUCAAAUCCUUCACGGCCGCUGCGAAUGUCAAGCCGAGGCCCAUUGUCAUGGGUAUAUCGGAGACCAAGGCGUACUAUGCCAACGUGAGGUUCUCGCCUGACGGCUCCAAGAUUGCGUUCCUGCACACGCCGUCCAGCAAUCCUGCAGAUGUCAGGUUGUACAUGGGCCACACCGCGUCCUUUGGCGCCUACGAUGUGCACAAGAUGAUCUUUGGGAAGGGGCCGAGUCUGCCUCCUCAGGGCUUUGAGUUCGCGGGCAGCUCUGAUGCCAUCUUCUUGAAGACGGAGGACUGCGGACGGGUGAAACUGUCGCACGUCCAGCUCCGUCACGGUGCAGAGGCGACAUCGCUAGUGCAAAGCGGCGUCGUCUCGGCUUUCUACCCUCUGAAGGAGGGUUACUACGAUAAGGUCCUGGUGACGAGUAACAGCAUGAUUGACAGCAGCCUAUGGCAGAUCAUCGACGUCUCAUUGAAUACGGCGCCAAAGGUCGUGUCUUCGGCGACCAAACACGGCGCAAAGUACGGCUUGUCCCAUAGCAUGAUCUCUGAGUUUUGGUACGAAGGUGCAGAUGACAACAUCGUGCACUCAUUCAUCAUCAAGCCUGCCAACUUUGACAAGACCAAAAAGUAUCCUUGGGUUCUCUUACCUCACGGCGGGCCGGAAUCGUCUUGGACUGAUGCAUGGUCGACAAGGUGGAACAUGGCCCUCUGGGCUCAACAAGGCUACGUCCUCAUCGCGCCCAACAUCGCAGGCAGCCUAGGCUACGGCGUUGACUUCACAGCCCGUAUCUACCGCUCAUGGGGCGGCGCGCCAUACCAAGAUCUCGUCCACCUCAUGGACCACCUCAAGCAGCUGCCCUACCUGGACCACGACCGCGCCAUUGUCGCGGGAGCCUCGUAUGGCGGGUACAUGAUCUCCUGGAUUAUGGGCCACGACCUAAUCCGCCGCUUCGCAUGUGCAAUCUGGCACGACGGCAUCUUCAACCUGCCCGUAUUUAUGCUGCAGAGCGACUUCGUUGACGGCGGGCCCGACUUUGGGGGGCCGCCGUUCCUGUGGGACAAUGCGGAGGAGUUGGAGAGAUGGAACCCGGCGAGGCCGGAGCUGCUACGCAACUGGAAGCACGCGCCGCCGACGUUGGUGAUCCACAGCGAGAAGGAUUAUAGGUGUCCCAUCACUGAGGGCAUUGCUGCGUAUAACACGCUCAUGUGCCAGGGUGUCAAGAGCCGCUUUUUGACGUUCAGCGACGAGUGUCAUUGGGUGUUGAACCCGGAGAACUCGAUAGUCUGGCACAAGACUGUCUUUGACUGGAUGGAGAGGUUUGCUGGAGAGAAUAAGGCUUGA